AAUUUCUUUACUUGAUUCUGAUUCCUCUUCGUUGCGAGAGGAAAACGCUGGAACCUACUCUCUCUAGAAAUCCUCAGUUUUCCCUGCCUCUCUCUCCCCAAACAUCUGCCUGGGCUGAUCUGCGGAAACCCUAGGACUUACCACCCAAAAAUCCGUAUACGACGACUUUUGCAUCACCAUCUUCCAUGUCGAUCCCCUCUUCGUCGGGUGCCCCGCCUGUUGCUUCAUCUUCUUCCUCUUCGCAAUUCACCUACGCUAGCAAUUCAUAUUUCCCGGUACCGUUUCAGCAACAGCAGUCCUACGUAGCUUCUGCUGCCCCAAUGCCGAUUGCCGCGGCUCCUGCUGUUGCCCCCGUUUAUCCCGCACCCGUUGCUCCGGUUGCCGGUGUCUACGUUCUCCCCCAGUAUCAACAGGCCCAGCAGUUAUUUCAAAGGGAUGCACAGAUUAUAACACCUGAAGCACUUGAGAGUGUAAAGGCUGCUCUUGCAAGUAGUGAAAUUGAGCACAAGGCAGAAACUAAAAAGAAAGCAAUUCCCCGUAAAGCUGCUGGGCAGACUUGGGAGGAUCCAACCCUUGCGGAUUGGCCAGAAAAUGAUUAUCGCCUUUUUUGUGGUGAUCUUGGUAAUGAGGUGAAUGAUGAUGUUCUUUCAAAAGCAUUUUCGCGAUUUAGUUCUUUUAAUAUGGCCAAGGUAAGUGAUCUUUUCCCUCAGUUUUUUUCCCAGCUCUGUUCUUGAUGACAACUGUUUGCUUGGUGCAUGAAACAUUUUGGAUUUUCUCCUCAGAAUCUUGUUUGAAGCGCACAGAACAGUUAUUGUUUCCUAUGUCGUUAAGGUAGGUCUUGUCUUUAAUUUACUCGGCCCGACGACCAUGGCUCUCUAGUUGGAGUUCUUAAUAUUGUUUUGUGUUCAUUGUUCAUGUGUAGAAUGGUUUUGAUUGAUGCGUAUUUCGUUUAAUAUUACAACCUUAUAUAUAUAGGUUUUCCAAGACAGGAAAAGAAAAUAAAUAAUUAAUUACAAAAUGAUAUAAUUUUACUCUUUAAUUUGAUUUGCUUACUUUUUAAUACCCUGAUUUAUUUACUCUUUUAACACCCUGAUUUUCUUCUCCUUU